AUGAGUCAGGAGGUGAUUUCGCUGAAUCGGCAAACGAACGACUGGAUUUUGCGGCCCAGAGCAUAUGUUCCCUUCGGUGAGGUGCCGUCAUCAGCCAACUCCACGCCAAACAACCUGGGAGUUAGCGACACAGGAAUCCUCAACAAAGUCUUCUUGCCCGUUUCCUCGGAGAGAAUGUCGUCGUUGCGCGCCUACGAAGGCAAAGGUUACGGAUUCGACUCUCGGUUCGUCUUCCAAUAUACCGAAGCACAAGUCAAGCAGGGUCUGACGAACGGUCUAUGCCUGCCAGACGGCAGCAAUGCCAGAGCAAGCGCCCAAAACUCCACAAUCUCGGCUGAUCCUGUGAGAGCUUGGUCAGAGGCCUUCUUGUUCUUCCGCACGAACGGAACUCACGAGCUGUGGAGGAGCUCUGAUGGGCGCUUCUUGAGUGUCAACCUCGCCUUACCGAAUGUUUCAUACACCGAUGGAGAGUGGAUUACAUACGAACGCCCCAUCGCAGAACUUACCCCCGAGGGCAGACGGAUCAACAAGGGCGUUCUGAGGCUGGACAUGACCAUCUGCUUCCAACAAGUCGCAAUCAACUUUGCCGAUGUCAAGGUCUCGAGUGAGAAGGACUUGACAGAACCUAAGGUGACCUGGGACGCCGACAGAAAGGUAUGGGAUACUCGCAAAGUUCAGCGCCAGCUGGGCAUCGGGCCUCGAUCCAAUACGACAACCCGGCGUGGCAUCUACAGCGUCGACUUCAUUCAAAAUCGGCAGCACCUCAACGCCACGCAAUACCUCACCAACAAGCUCAUCAACGAUCUUUACAACUCGCCGCGCGACAACAUCUCGAUCUUCAUGGAUCCGCUCGGAAGCGGAAUCUCCCACGUAAAACCUAAUGUCGAAUACCAAGCCAUCUUCUCCGACAUUCUCAACGCGACCAACAGGCCAGGCGUGGCGAUGCAGUCCACUUUGACAGCACUGUCAGGCUCGAUCAUCAACGACGCGCUCCCGCAGUUUGAUGUCAAGGGAAACGCAGUGCUGACUUCGUCUCUUAACGUGCUGACGCCGCAGAGCUUUCGAGGUCUGAUGGUUGUGUUCGGCGUGGUAGCUCUGAAUAUGGCAGUCGGCCUGACUGUGAUCCUCAUCUUUAUGGUGCAAUGCAGGUACUCUAGUCAGGGGAACUACUGGCAAGGAAUUGCCCAGAUUGUGUCGGAUGAAACUGCGUGGGUAUUGGAGGGUGCGACGCAAUCGUCCGACUCACAUGUUGAAAGCCAAUUGAGCGAUCAAGAUGCUCAUGUGCGAGUAGUCAGGUCGAGUCGGAGUGGACGGGUCAGAGCAGUUACUGUUGAGUCUAUAAGCUAA